GAAACAAAUAGAGAGAGAGAGAGAGAGAGAGAGAGAGAGAGCGAGAGAAGACGAGGAGGAUGACGAUAGACGAUGAAAGCUCGGUGUACGUGGGAGGGCUUCCGUACAACGUCAGUGAAGACUCGCUUCGCGACCUUUUCGCCAUCUACGGCUCCAUCGUCGCGGUCAAGAUUAUUAACGAUCGUGCCACAAGGGGGAAAUGCUACGGCUUUGUUACCUUCACUAAUCCGAGGUCAGCGGUUGAUGCCAUCAACGACAUGGACGGGAGGAGUAUCAAUGGACGGGUGGUUAGAGUUAAUGGGGUGAAGACUAGAGGCGGUAGAUGGGGUUUUGGUCGCGAUGACUUACCACGAAGAAACGAGAGGAGCAUGGAUCGAGAACGAGGUAGACAUAGAGAAAGGGACUAUGAUCAUGAUAGGGACAGGCAUUUGGAUCGAUAUAGCGACAGGUCUAGAGAGCGAGAUCGGUCUCAAGACCAUGACCUAGACCAGGAAAGAGAAUACGAGCAUGCUCACAAUCAUGAUUAUGAGAGGGAUCAUCUCGUGGAUAGAGAUCGAGACGCCGGCAGGGAUGUGGGUGACGAUGAGCAAGAGCACAGCAGGGACCACGUAAGGGUUCACGACAUGGACACAGGUGGUGAUAUGCAGAUUGACAGAAGGGACCUUAAUGAUGCAAAUCAGUUUUCAAGGAAACGGAGAGGCUCCAGUCCUAGCAGCCUUCAUAGUAGGGAACUUUCAUCAGAUUUGCUUUAUGAUAGUUAUGAUCAGGCUAAAGAGCAACUGGAGAUUUCAAUUCAGAAGCAUGAAGAACUUAAAGACGAGAUCUCUCAGAUGGAAGAUAGGUUGGAUGAAAAGCAACAAUUUAUCUUGGAACUGCAGAAGAAAUCUAAGAAAUUAGAAGACUCAUUGACCUCUGCAAAAAAAAUAACUUCUCGGCGCAAGAUGCAGUUGACCAAGCUUCACAAAUGCUAUCUUCAAAUCAGAGACUACAACGACAAACUUAAAAGCUGUGAACAGGAACUGCAGUCCCAGGUUGAUUCGGCAUUGGCAGAAAGUGACUUUGGCAACGACACUAGCUUAAGGCGUGGGGUGCUGGUUAAUGGCAAUGUGUGACAUGUCACUGAACUGUUGGAUCGAGAAGCAUGUAAUGGAAUCUUGGAUUAGUGUGGAGUUCUGUUUUCUGGUAUGGAUGUAAAUCUGCAGAUACAUGUUGAUUUUAUUAUCAAAUACAGUUCAUGAGUGUUUAGAUAUUUGCUGUAUGCUCUUGGAUGUUAGAAUCUCGUCCCAUGUAGACUGUCAGAUGAGUCCAUGAUUUACCUUUGUUCUGGUUGUAGAAGAAAUUUUUUCUUAUGACGGCUGGUGGAAAAAAAAACAUUAUUCCUGCUUCA